GAGCGUCAGGCAUAAGCGCUCAGAAGGAUUCUGGUUGUACUGGCGGAUGACUUAGAGUAGAUUGGUUUUUUGACGAAACUGUCGACGAAUAUUUCUCAUCGUUGUGUUUAAACAUUUGCUGUACAAACUAUUUUUUAAAACGUAUUUCCAAAUUAUUGCAAUUAUAACAAAUCAUCAUUAUGUCAAAUGUUGUUGUACGGACAAAUGAAUUUUCAACUAUAUGGCCUCUAUUGUUAGAUUAUAAUCAACGUGAAUGUUUACAGAUUUUACGACGUCUUGAAUUAGAGGCCUAUAGUAAAAUUGUAGCAGUAUUACGGGCACAAGGACCGUUAACAGAAGAAAAGAAAAAGCUAUUGCAUAAAUUACAACGUCUUUUGAGUAUUUCAAUUGAUCGGCAUAAAGCUGAAGUUCGUAAAGCUUUAAAUGAUGAAGAGCUUGCAACUAUAUCAGAAGCUGUAUGCGGUAAAGAGGUUGAUGAAGAAUGGAUCUUAGAGGGUAAACGUAUUUCACCAAUUUUUCAACGUCCAAGUCCUGAGACUAUUUUUAUAUCACAAGCUAAUAAAGCUUCUUUUGAACAGUUAAUUCGUAAUUCUCGAUUACCAUGUCCAGCGGAAACAGCAACAUUUUCUGAAACUUUCAUAAAACUAGCAAAAUUGAAUGAUGAGAAAGUUGAUGUUAAACAACAAUCAGUUGAACAGAAAUUUCCUCCAGUAGUAGUAACGAAUGAUAAAGUAUGUGAUAUAUCAAUGAAUGAAUCGAAGACAGACAUUCACACUGUUAAUGACUCAAUUCAUCUUUCACAAAACAAAAAUGAAAAUAAUAUUAAACUAGAUAAUUUGAAUAAAUUACCAGAAAAAUGUUCACCAGUGAAAACUCAAAAUAAUCCGCUUGUUAAAUCACUACUUGAACCCAAAACUACUUCUAUUCAGUCACCAUCGAUAAAAGAUAACAAUUAUGUUGUGGAUAAAAGCUCCUUGGAUGUUGUGUUACCACAAAAAAUGGAGAUUAGUUCAUCACUUCAAAUGGAUAAUCAACAAGAAAACUCUACCCUAUCCACUUCCUUUUCUUCUUCAUCGUCAACUUCGUACACUGAAGUUCUAAAUGCAAAAAAUCAAGUUUUAUCCAAUCAAUUAACAUUAUUGCCGGUAGUUACACGUGAAUCUUCAUCUUCCGGAAGUAGUUGUUUAUUGAAAUCGGAAAAUACUUCACUUGUCAAUUGUAUUAGUGAUACUAUAUUGAAUAAACCUAGUAAAGCUCAUGAAUCUGUUUCGUUGAAUGAGAUAAAUAUGUCAACUUCAGUUGAUGCUCAAUUUACGACACCCACUACAACAGCAGCCAAUGUUGUUACCUAUGCGAUUUCAGAACCUCGCACUGUUCAACCAGUUUUUAGUCAAGUCAAUCGAAUUCCUAUUACAACUACUAUAACCAGUGGUAAAGUAUUGAAUUCAUCUAAUUAUUCAGCUGUACAUGGCGUGAAUCUGUCAUCAUUGCCAUCAUCAUCUUCAGCUCAUACAUCUCAACAUUUGGUCGUACAAAUGCAUCGAAAUCCUGACGAUUUAUUGGAUUCUAGCCAACAAGUAUUAACAACUACUCAACGCUGUUCUCUAAUCAAUCCUACCAAUUCAGUUUAUGUCUGUGAGCAUUCAACACCUACAGCGACACGUUUAUGUUCCACUUCUCCUAGUCAUAUUAAUAAUUUUACAACUAAUAGUAAUAAACUAUAUCAGCCUAUCAGCAGAUCGAAUUUAGAUAAUGUAAUCGGAGUAAAACGCCACCACCACCAACAACAACCUCAUACAUUGUCAUCUGUAACUCCUAGUGUUCUAAGCAUUCAAAGCCUUCAUAAUAGUACUACACCAUCUCAACGUUUUCGUGCUCCACAAUCACAACCACCAGUUGUUUCUACAAAUGAAACACCGAAACAGUUAUCAUCUAUUACACAAAUUCAAAAUCCUAAAAUUUUAAAAGCUACCAUACCUGUUUGUAGUAACGUCUUGGGAUCAACAACGUAUGCAUCAAAUAUGUUUUGUAGUUCAGUGAUAAAUAUUACAACAGAUAAUUUGCCGAUUAAUAAUAAUACUGAUCAAUUAAAUCGUACUUCAUUACCUCAACAAAAUACAUUGAUCCCAUCUAGUUCAGUUGUACAAUUUCCAUCGUCAAUUUCCGGGAACAAUGUAAUUGUGUUGCAUAAAGGUAUUGCGCGUAAAACAUUCACACCUACUCCAUCUAUACGAAUUGGAUCAACUGUGCCGGUCAAUAACAAUACACAAGCAAUUGUAUCUGGUGGUUAUUCAAACGCUUCCAUUGCAUUCCCGAGUCGUCAGUUUCGAAUUAUUGGUUUAUCGAAUACACCUGUAUGCUCUAAUUCUAGUACCGUUGAAACUUCAAUUUAUAAUCAGGAACCUAGUCAAGUAAUUUGCAAUAUCAAUGAAUUAGUAUCUAUUCAAAAUACUCCCACGAUGAUGACGACAACAAAUGCUAUUUCUAAAUCGUCAUCUAGCCAUUUACUUCAUCAUAGUUCACGUUUAGGAUCAAUUCUAGAGGUUGAUCUUGACUCGGAUAAUUAUAGUGAUCAAACCAAUUAUUAUACUGAUUAUCAUAACGCUACUAUACAUAGCAAUAAACCGACUUCUCAUUGUUCUACUAUUGUUACAAUUCCACAAACGUCUUUAUCAAUAGACGUAUCGAAAUUAACACCUAUUCAUCAUAACAAACCAACAGUUUUAACCGAUGAAUUAUCUGCUGUCAAUUUACUUCGUACUACAACUAGUACUACUAAUAGUAAUAAUGAUUUACACAAUACUUCAUCUGGGUUAUAUACUAUAAUCAAUGAACAAUCAUUAAAUAAUAAUCGAUUGCCGAUAUAUUCCGAGGGUGGUAAUGUUAUAUGUCAACGAGAACAAUUGAAACCAGUGGGAGCAGCUGCCAUGUCCACCGCUACAAUUGAUUCAUCACAGAAGUGUAUUGAAUUAACCUCUUGGAAUAAUAAUACCAUUGGUAGCAGCAGUUGUCUUAGUGCUACUACUACUACUGGUAGUAGUGGUAGUGGUAAAAUGAUUGGUCGUCUCCAGGGUAAUCCUACUGCUUCGAAUGUUGUACUAUUCAAUAACCCACCAAAUGCUAAACGUCCACGUUUUGAAUUAUCAUCAUCAACAUCAUCCACAGCAUCAAUCGAAAGUUCACAUUGAUAAAUUCAUUGUUAAUUCUGGAUAAUAUGUCAUCAUCAUUUACCCUGGGACCAAUCAUAAUUUAUACAGAUUGCAUUCUCUUUAACUUUUAACCUACCUUUCUGAAAUAUUUUCUUUAGAGUUUGAUUGUAUAUUGCUGAAUAAUCUUCCUUUGAUUUCCUCCAUAUCUUUUCAUAUAUAUAUAUACGUCCAGAGACAAUCAGAGCUUAAUUGGAUGGAUAACCAGCUCCAUGUACUUAUGUGUUUAAGAUAUACAACUUCUACUACCAGCUUCUGAUUUUUAUGCGUAUAUGUUUGUAUAUACAUAUGUCUGAGUGUUUGCUCACACUUUUACCAAACAGUCAGUUACUUCCUUACUAUUUAAUCAUUAUUAUUGUUUUCUGAUAGAAAGUACAUCUAUGGUUUAUAUGCUCCAUUAUUAUACAGAAAUUAUCCUUGCUCUACUCAUCUCUCUUCAAUAUAUAUCUAUAUAAUACUGUCGUGUAUUAUACAUAAUGAAAUAUUUAUUAAUGUCCGUAUUGUAUGCACACUUUUUGUUUGUUUGUUCUGAUGAUGAUGAUGAUGAUGUAAUUGUUUGUUUAUUUAAUUUCUACUUUAACAUGAAUAUACAUUUUCUUUUUUCAUCUUUAUCAACUGGUAAUUCUACAUAUACUGAUAUUGAAUCAACAGUGUUUUCUUCCCUCCUCAUAGUAGUUGUUAGUUUUCGAUUAUUUUCUUCAUCCUCAUAACUUCUCUAAUUUUCUUCGUUUCUUUUUUUGUUGUUGCUGAAAAUAACAUAUUAUUCUACAGACACUCAAACGUUUAUGAUAAAAUCUGUUAUUUUGUAAAAUUUAUUCAUGUCAUAUACACCAUACUUUAUUGCUUCAGUCCACUUUGUGUAUUCUGUGUACAUAAGCCUCUUUCGAAUUCGUCUGUUUCGUCAAUGAAUUAUUUCAUUUAUUAAUAUUAUUAUUCUCAUACUGUAAAAUUCAUCACCUAGAUAUAUUCUCAUAUAUAUAUAUAUACCUACUGUUGUUUCACCAUGAACGAUAUUUAUGUUUUUCUACUGUUCACCAGUUAAUUCCUCAUUAUAUUAUGUUUUGCUUUUAUACAUGUUGUAAAUGAAAUGUAUGUGUACGUGUUUGUAGGUGUAUAAUCCAGAAAUGAAUAGUAUAUUGCAGUGUUACUAGUAGUAGAUUUUGCCUAUUCCAAUUAUUAUUGUUUUUAUACUGUUUUUUUUAAAAAAUUUGGUAAUACCUACUGAAAUAAUUCUAUCUUUUAAGGGUGUUGGUGUAUUGUUUAACAAAGAUGAAAUAGAAAACCUACUUUUUACACUAGUUAUUAUCAUAAUUUGAGAAUAUUAUGAUUUCGUUCGAGGACUUUUUUGCCCCCUUUAUCUAUUCUAUGAAUACUAUGUAGUCACAUUUCUAUUAUUGGUUCCCACACGAACUUAUGUAUGUAUGAAGUAAACUGUUUUGGAAUUUUUAUCAAAGGAAAUGUGUUUUUGUUUCACUAUAAUCACAGGUUUAAUUUAUUUGUGUAUACGUUUUCUUCCUCUUCUUCGUAUCGCUUGCAUCCCUGUGUCUUACACACACACACAUCCACACUAUCGCUCAUCAAUGAUGCGGUGCUGACUCAUGUUUCUCAUGUGAUGAAUACUCCAAUAUAUAUGGAUUGUAGUUGAAAAGAACUUGUUGGUAUCAGUCAGAAAAAUACUUUUCCGAGAACAUAUAUCAUUGAUAACAUAUCGAUGUGUUUUGUUUUACAUAUUACAAGUUUAUAAGUUACAUUUUUGUACUGUUUGUCAGUUCGUCUGUCUGUAUGUAUGUAUUCGAAAUUGCAUGUUAUCAUCUCAUUGUAAAUACAUAUUUUUUGUUGCCUUUUUAUAUAUAAAUAACAAAUAAAGUCUAUAUAUUUCUUUUGGUAAAAAA